AUGACCACGGCCGAGGCAGCGAAAGCGGCGACGCCCGCGAGCGGCGGGGGCGCAGAGGAGAGGCCGCGCAACCCCCUGGACCAGCUGCCGCCUCCCGCCAACUCCAACAAGCCGCUGACCCCCUUCGGCAUCGAGGACAUCCUCAACAAGCCCUCGGGCCGCAAGGCCGCCUCGGCCCGCCUGCCGGACAAGGGCGCCGCCUCCCGGCCCGGUCUGCCCGCCCCGGCCUCGCCGCUCUGCGCCCUCCAGGAGCUGGCAGCCAAAACCUUCCAAGGCCUCGAGGGCAACGUGCUGCAGGCUGCCGAAGGCCGGGACCCGCUGGGGGCCUUCGGGCCGCGGCAGCCGUCCAAGAAGCGUCGGAAGUCGCGCACCGCCUUCACCAACCACCAGGUCUACGAGCUGGAGAAGCGCUUCCUCUACCAGAAGUACCUGUCGCCGGCCGACCGAGACCACAUCGCGGCGCAGCUGGGCCUGAGCAACGCGCAGGUCAUCACCUGGUUCCAGAACCGGCGCGCCAAGCUGAAGCGCGACCUGGAGGAGAUGAAGGCCGACGUGGAGUCCCUCAAGAAACUGCCCCCCGCCGCCCUGGAGAAGCUGGCCGCCAUGCCGGAGCUGGAGCCCGACCCCCCGCCCACCCGCGCCCGCCCCGGCAGCCUGCCUCGAGCCCCCUCGCCCUCCCGCGCCAAGGACGGCUUCUCCGACGGCGAGGACGACGACGACGAAGAGAUAGACGUGGGGGACUGA